GUUAAAAUGCGGAAGUUUCCGCCCAGCAAAGCCGCUGAUACCGCGAAGAUGAGGCUUGCGAUGCCAUCUGCGACCAUCCCAGCAAAGUGCUCCUCUGCCCUGCUCUGCGUGGAGGGACAUUAAACUCGUAUGGCUUCCCUGCCAGCAUCAGAUCGAAGAGCAUUCGCUCUCAAAAUCAACAGACACUCCUCUGCAGAGAUCCGGAGAAACUUCAGUGGGAUCAGCCAUGGUUCCCUGCCACACCAUCGGCACAGUUACAGCUCCUCUGGCUCUUUCUUCUUCAACAUACCUCAGUCAUAUGAAGCAGUUGAGCCGGUGGACUUGGAUGAGUUCCUGAUGUCACAUCUGCGCAGUGGAGAUGCUGAGCUCAUGCAAGAGCUGGGGGAGUUCCCUGACGAUGACCUGGAGGUGGAGCUGGUGGAGAGGGAGUGCAGGACCAUCCAUCCCACUGUCACUGAAGAAGGAGUGGAGCUGGAUCCCCACGUGAGGGACUGUGUUCAGAGUUACACACAACCCUGGCUGGUGGUUAGCAGAAGAACUCAAGGGUAUGGAUGGAUUGCGUAUUCAGAGAGGACAGAUGCAAAUAAAGUAUUGCAGAGACAGACGUUUGAGUCUGAUGUUCAGCCUGACAAACCAGAGCAACCAGAAAAGUCCUUAUCCAUGACAGCGCUAUGUGAUGACACGGCUCGGACCACUCUUACCUCCUCAGACUUUAACUUGCGGGCUCUGCAGCCGGACCGUCGUGUGGAGAACCUCCUGCGCUUCAGUAACCCAGAGGAGCUUGAUCGCUUCAACCAAGAGUCCAGACAUAGCUACCGCCACUCGGAACUCUUCGGCCUCUACCCACCUAUCGAUGAGGAGGAUGCAGUAGCGAUUCGUCCCAUUCCCGACUGUCCCAGAGAGCACUUUGGACAGAGGAUACUUGUGCGAUGCCAGACCAUCAAAUUUGAGAUUGAAUUCGAGCCCCUUUUUGCGACCAUGGCCCUCUAUGACCUGAAAGAGAAGAAGAAGAUUUCAGAGAACUUCCACUUUGACCUGAACUCAGAUCAGUUGAAGGGCUUCCUGCGACCCCACACUCCCCAUAUUGACUCCUCCACUUUGGCCAGAGCAGCGAUUUUCUCCAUCUCCUACCCAUCUCCAGACAUCUAUCUGGUCAUUAAGAUUGAGAAGGUUCUUCAGCAGGGGGAGAUCGGGGACUGUGCUGAACCAUAUAUGAUAAUGAAAGAGAGUGAUUCUGCUAAGAACAGAGAGAAGCUGGAGAAAUUGAGGAGUCAGGCGGAGGGGUUCUGUCAGCGGCUGGGCCGAUACAGGAUGCCAUUUGCUUUUGCCACAGUCAACAUCAUGAGUGCCAUCAACUCUGCCUCACUGGAACGAGACAUGGCUGAUACAGACAGUAUCAAUGGCAGGGGUAGUCUGGACAAGAAAGGUCUGCCCAGGCGUAACUCUGACAGAUUCAGCAUGAUGGAGGAGAACUACAACCUGUGUGGAUUUAAACCAUCUGUGACCUCAUGCACAUUCAUCAAGCAGGAAGGAGAGCGUCUAAGUGACGAGGACCUGUUUAAAUUCCUGGCGGACAUCAAGAGGUCUUCCAGUCAGCGACGUGUAAAGAUCAUACCUGGUUUUUUGAAACUGGAAGUGUCUCCAGUGCCAGAGACGGUGCCUGGGUGUCUGUCUCCUGAACUGAUUCCAGUGAAGCCUGUGUAUGACAAAAAUCCACGUGCAGUUAAAGAGGUGCUGGAGUUCCCUUCCAGUGAAGUCUAUGUGCCUCACAAUAUAUAUAGGAACCUGCUGUAUGUGUAUCCUCUGAGGCUGAAUCUUACUAACCGUUUGACUUCAGCCAGAAACAUUACAGUUAAAAUCCAGUUCAUGAGUGGUGAGGACCCCAGCUGUGCCAUGCCUGUAAUCUAUGGGAAAUCAAGUGGCCCUGAGUUUCUUCAAGAGAUUUACACCCCAGUCACAUACCACAACAGGUCUCCAGAUUUCUAUGACGAGGUAAAGAUCCACAUGCCAGCCCGUUUAACUGAGAAGCACCACCUGCUCUUCACCUUCUACCACAUCAGCUGCCAGCAGAAACAGAACCAGACAGGCGGUGUGGAAGUUCCUAUUGGAUAUUCAUGGUUACCCAUACUGAACAAUGACAGGCUGCAGACUGGACAGCAGUGUCUGCCAAUCGUUCUGGACAAACUUCCUGUCAACUAUUCCCUGCAUUUCCCAGAGAAAUUGCCAUCUCAGGUACCUCCAGUUAAGUGGAUGGAAAAUCAUAAGGGACAGUUCAACCUUGAACUGCAAGCUGUGUCCUCUGUGCAAACACAGGACAGUCAUCUGGAACGUUUCUUUACUCUGUGUCAUGCCUUGGAAGGAAAGACCACGUUCCCCAUCCGAGUAGGUGAUGAGAAGAUCCCGGAGAGCAUGUUUGAGCACGAGCUGAAGCUGAGCAUCAUCUCACUGUCCUCCUCCGGCCUGGAACCGCUGGUGCUGUUUCUCCAUCAGGUCCUGGACAAGCUGUUCCGACUCAUCAUGCAACCCAUGGUCAUCGCAGGACAGACUGCAAAUCUGGCCCAGAUCGCAUUUGAGUCAGUGGUGUCAAUCGUCAACAGCCUUCACAACAGUCAGGAGCUGGCGAAGGAUAAUCAGGGCAGGAACUGUCUCUUAGCAACAUACCUGUACUUUGUGUUCCGUUUGCCAGACACCCAACAUGAGAUCCACACCACAGGCUCGGGAGGUAUGAUGGCUCACCCAGAGAGCCGAUAUAGUACUCUGACUCGUUCCACAGCCACUACGGUAGGCUUCAUGCUGCUUCAGUCAAGGAUUCGAUCUAGCAGCAACCCUGAUAUACCAGCUCCUCAGAGCCCAGAGGACACUGAGGUCAAUAACAUUCUUGUAAAGGGUAUAAAUCAUCCAGGCAGUCGAAUAUCCACAGCUCCAAACAUCCCCAACACUUCUCAGAACUACACUGGAAGCUCACGACCUGCAAACAAAAAGUUGUUCCAUGAAGAACUGGCUCUUCAGAUGGUGGUCAGCACUGGGGUGUGCCGAGAGAGCGUCUACAAAUACGCCUGGUUCUUCUUUGAACUUCUUGUGAAAAGCAUGUGCCAACACGUGUCUCAGCUGGACAAGAAGGCAAUACCUCGUAGGAAUCGAUUCUCGGACCGCUUCAAAGAUGACAUUACCACUAUUGUCAAUGUAGUCACUGCUGAAAUUGGGAACAUUUUAGUAAAACAGCAGAAGGAACUGGAGCAGGCAGAGAAGGUUAACGUCAGCUUGGCGUUCUUCCUGUAUGACCUGAUGUCUCUGAUGGACCGCGGCUUUGUGUUUCAGCUGGUGAAGAAUUACUGCAACCAGAUGGCAGCGAAGAGUGUGAACAUGCCGACUUUGAUCAGUAUGAGGCUGGAGUUUUUGAGGGUCUUAUGCAGUCAUGAGCACUACCUCAACCUCAGCCUGUUCUUCAGUAGCCCCGCCUCUGCCCCUGCCUCCCCCUCCCCUUCUGUCUCCUCACAGACCUCCAGCUCAUGCAGUUUUCAGGACCAUAAGAUUGCAGCAAUGUUUGAUCUGUCGCAGGACUUUAAGCAGCGGCAUUACUUGACCGGACUGCUGCUGACUGAGCUCAGCACUGCACUGGACAUGGAAUCAGAGGGUGGGAGAGUACAGCAAAAGGCCAUUAAUGCAACAUACAGUUUGUUGUGUGCUCAUGAUCUGGACCAGCGCUGCUCAAGGCCAGAGGUCAAGGCUAAGAUUGCUGCUCUCUACCUCCCCCUAGCAGGCAUCAUCAUUGACUCCAUCAACUACCUUGACUUUACAGUAUCUGACUCGCGUGGUGGCAAAGGCAAGUCUGGUGGGCCUGAGGAUGACCCUGAAAGCAUCACCCCCAUCAAUCAGUCUGUUGCAAUGGCAAUCGCUGGAAAUCCUUUUAACACCUUGGCAAGAAAUGCAAUGGUGUCUAUGGCCUCUACGGGGAAAACAAGUAACAUGUUGACAGCAGAGACCAGUCGCAAUCUGCUCAUGUGUUUCCUGUGGAUUAUCAAGAAUGCAGACCAGCAUCUUAUCCAGCGCUGGACCGUGGACAUGCCCUCCUCUCAGCUGAGCCGCCUGCUGGAACUCCUCACCAUCUGCAUUGCCUGCUUUGAGUACAGGGGGAAGCAGAGUUCUGAUAAGGUGAGCACACAGGCCCUGCAGAAGUCUCAGCAGGCUAAGGCACGUCUGGAGGAAGCUCUGCUGGGAGGGAUCGGAGCCAGGGGGCAGAUGAUGAAGAGGGUGGGAGGUACCGACCGGACAAUGGGUCAGAGAGAGAACCUACGCUGGAGGAAAGAUCUGACACAGUGGCGCCAGACAAACGACAGGCAGGACAAAUCAAAAGCAGAGCUGGAUCAAGAGGCCAUAAUCAGUGGGAAUCUGGCCACUGAGACCAAUCUCAUAGUCCUUGACCUGCUGGAGAUGAUAGUACAGGCAGUUCCUAUGGCAGACUGUAAGGAUAAUGUGGUUGGUGGAGUGCUUAAAGUUCUGCUGCACUCUCUCACCUGUAAUCAAAGCACCACCUACCUGUCUCACUGUUUCAGCACACUACGAGCUCUCAUAGUGAAGUUCGGGGACCUGUUGUUUGAGGAGGAGGCUGAGCAGUGUGCAGAUCUGUGUCAGAAAGUUCUUCAUUAUUGCAGCAGCUGUGUGGACGGCAACAGGAGUCAGGCUUGUGCUACGCUAUACCUGAUCAUGAGAUACAGCUACAGCUCUGCAAGUAAUUUCUCUAGAGUCAAGAUGCAGGUGACAAUGUCUUUGGCCUCUUUGGUUGGAAAGUCUUCAGACAUCCAUGAGGAGUACCUGCGGCGCUCUUUCAGAACUAUUCUUGCUUAUGCAGAAGAAGACACAGAAAUGCAGUCUACACAGCUGCUGUCACAGGUGGAUGAACUCUUGAGGAAUCUAAAUAGCAUCCUAUCAGAUACAGUUAAGAUGAAGGAGUUCCAAAAGGACCCUGAGAUGCUAAUGGAUCUCAUGUAUAGGAUUGCAAAGGGUUACCAGACCUCUCCAGACCUGCGUCUAACCUGGCUGCAGAACAUGGCAGAGAAACACAACGGCAGAAAGUGCUUUACAGAGUCAGCCAUGUGUCUGGUCCAUGCCGCGGCUCUGGUGGCUGAAUAUCUCAGCAUGCUUGAGGAUCACAAAUACUUGCCUGUGGGCAGCGUCACCUUUCAGAACAUCUCUCCUAAUGUGCUGGAGGAGUCUGCAGUCUCAGAUGACAUCUUGUCUCCAGACGAGGAUGGGGUUUGCUCUGGACGCUACUUCACGGAAAAUGGUCUGGUUGGGCUUCUGGAACAAGCUGCUGAGCUUUUCAGCAAUGGUGGUUUGUAUGAGGCAGUAAACGAGGUGUACAAGAUAAUUGUUCCUGUACUGGAGGCCCAUAGAGAUUUCCGGAAGCUCUCUUCCACACACGACAAGCUCCAAAGGGCUUUUGAUAACAUCAUUCAAAAGGGUCACAAGAGGAUGUUUGGAACUUACUUCCGUGUGGGAUUUUAUGGGUCUAAAUUUGGAGACUUGGAUGAGCAAGAAUUUAUCUACAAAGAGCCAGGAAUCACCCAUUUACCGGAGAUAUCCCACCGGCUCGAGAAUUUCUACAGUCAGUGUUUUGGGGAUGGAGUUUUGGAAAUGAUUAAAGAUUCCACACCAGUAGACAGAAACAAGCUGAAUCCCAACAAGGCAUACAUACAGAUCACCUUUGUGGAGCCUUACUUUGAUGACUAUGAGAUGAAGGACCGUCUUACCAACUUUGAGAAGAACUUCAACCUUCGUCGCUUCAUGUACACUACGCCUUUCACAAAGAGUGGGCGACCUCGAGGCGAACUCAACGAGCAAUACAAGCGGAAAACCAUCCUCACCACGAUGCACGCCUUCCCCUACAUCAAGACACGAAUCAACGUCAUUCAGAAGGAGGAGUUUGACCUCACGCCCAUCGAGGUGGCCAUUGAAGACAUGCAGAAAAAGACUCGAGAGCUUGCUGAAGCCACGCACAGAGAGAAGCCAGAUGCUGUGAUGCUUCAGAUGGUUCUACAGGGAUCCGUCACAGCUACUGUCAAUCAGGGUCCAUUGGAGGUGGCCCAGGUCUUCUUGAAUGAAAUCCCAGCAGACCCCAAGCUCUUCCGUCAUCACAACAAACUGCGUUUGUGUUUCAAAGAGUUCAUUCUGCGGUGUGGAGAGGCCGUUGAGAAGAACAAGCAACUCAUCACUCCUGAUCAGAAGGAGUACCAGCAUGAGAUGAAGAAAAACUACAACAAACUGAGAGAGAACCUGAGGCCCAUGCUGGAGAGAAAGAUCCCUGAGCUCUACAAACCCAUCAUCAAACCUCGCAUGGAAAACAGAGAUUCCUUCAAACGGCACAGCCUCCGUCGGACACAGGAUGAAAAUUCAUGAUGCCAAGAGAAUGCCAUCUAGAGAAUAUCAAGGGAAGGAUGUUGCAGUACACCAGGAAACAAGAGCUCUGUUAGCUGAUAAUUAGAGGAAUCAAGUAGAGUUUCGCGCACGUGUUGAAAACUCCUGAAAAUCUCAUUGAUUGUUAUAUUCUGUAUACACGGAAUAUAUUUUAAGUGAUGUAGAACUUAUAUUUUAUUUGUGUUUAUAAUCGUUUUGUAGAACAAAACACCUCAGCCAGUCAGUUUGUUAGGUCUAAUGUUUUUUUUUUUUUUUACUUUUUUCUUGUUAUGGUUCGAAUCUUCCUUAGUAUGGUAUAACAUAUUGCGUUCUCAGCUAAAAUGGACCUGUUACAUGUGAUGAAAAAUCUAAAACCUUAAAUUGAUUGAUUCAGGAAGGACAACCUGAUCUUGACUAAUGGACUGCAAUAUUUCAAAAUUGGAAUUUGUCAAAAGUUAUUAAGUUUGACUAAAUCUGGAGAUAUAUUUAGACAGUUGGAGAUGUGUGGAGAACAGUAUAAAAGUGAUCACCUCUUUAUUCUGAAGUUUACAUACUGCUAAUAAUGCAUCAUAAAUCAUGAUUACUCAGUUUCUUUGUUUUGUUGUAUGUAAAUUGUAAUUGCAGAGAUUUAUGAGAUACAGUUUUGUAUAUAUAGCUCUAUUUUAUUUAUAGAGAAUAUUUAUCUCUCAGAUGCUAAUUCCAUUAUUGAAAUAUUUGACCAGACCAGAUAAAAAUAAAAGUAAAUCAGGAAUGCAGAAAUGGAAGAUAGUGUUUAUCGGCAUCAGUUACAGUGGAUGAGUACAUCAGAUGUUUACCUUUGCAUCAUGUUUCUCUGUUUUUGUAUUAUUUGGAUACAUGAUUGACUGGAACUAGUGGAACAAUGCAAAUCGGACUAUUUAUGUGCCACAAUCGUUCCUUCAGGUUAUCAAUAAAUAUAUCAGCAAACAGUUUAUCAUUUAAUCUUCUCUAUUUGUUUUUCCCAUGUUUAAGUGCACAAGUGUACAUACGCUCUUUUGUUAUUUCUGUUGUUGUUUCCAGUGCUUCAUUCUUUCUGUUACACAUGUUGCUGCUCUGAAAACUGUGAGAACUGUAUGUUGGUUUUGUUGAUAUAAAGUUUGUGCAUAGGUCAUUAUGAAUUCAAAAGGCUUUAUUUCAGCCUGAAAGCGCAAAAUAAAUGCAGAUAAAUGUAAAUAUUUUUAUUAUGUCAAUAAAAUGCACUUUCUUAUAAAAGCAA